AUGGCUGCAUUUGCCCAGGAGAUGGCACCCUGGCAGGUGUGCCUUGCCAGUGGCACUAACCGACUCUCCCACGACCACAGAAGGGGACGCUGGAACAGCUUUUGCAGUGGUGCGGGAGGGUAUGGAACCCGCAUCUCAAUGGAAUAUGCAUCAAGUAUCCCUUUGAACUCCCUGUGCAUCAAUGAGAGGGAGAAUAUGCAAGAUCUGAACGAUCGCCUCGCCUCCUACCUGGAAAAGGUGCACACACUAGAGGCAGCCAACGCGCAUCUUGAGCUACAGAUCAAGGAACAUCUGGAGAGUAGCUCCCUUGGUGACUGUAAAGACAUGGGUGGACACUUGGGGAUGACCGAUAACCUUCAGAACCAGAUUUCUGACUGGUACACAAUCCAUGCCCAACUCAGGCUGCAGGUCGUCAAUGCUCAAAUGGAAGUCUAUGACUAUAAAUACAAGUAUGAGAAUGAGCUGGCUAUGAGGCAGACUAACACUGUGGAGGCCAACGUCAAUGGGUUGAGGAGGGUGCUGGACGAGCUGACCAUGGCCAGAUCUGACCUGGAAAUGCAGAUGAACCACGAGGAGGACCUCUUGGCCAUGCAUAAUCAGAUGAGCGGCCAAAUCAACGUGGAGGUGAACCCUUCACCACAGGAGGACCUCACCAAAGUCAUGGCUGAAAUCCGCGACCACUACGAGGCCGUCGCUAACAAGAACUGUAAAGAUCUGGAGGGCUGGUUCAAUGCCAAGAAGAAAUCAACAAUGUCGUGGCAGGCAGACAGCACAGAGACCCUCCAAUCAUCCAGAUCUGAAAUCACUGAAGUUAAGCGCACACAGUAAAGUCUGGAAAUCAAACUCCAAUCCCAACUCAGCAUGAAAGCAUCCCUGGCUGACACACAGAGCCAAUAUGCCAAUAUGAUGGCCGGCUACCAGAGGCAGGUGACCAGCCUGGAGCUUGGUCAUCUUCAUGCUGACCUGGACCGCCAGGGCCAACAGUACAGAAUGCUACUGGACAUCAACACCAGGCUGGAGAUGGAGAUCGCUGAGUACAGGAGGCUGCUGGACGGUCCAUCAACCACCACCACCACUAAUACCUUUUUGCAGAAGGUGGUGACCUAUGUGCAGGAGAUUGUUGACUGCGUGGUGGUCAGCACCAACUGCAAGAGACCGUGUAUGAAGAUAAAUCUUGAAUUGGGAGCCACACAGAACAGAACACAAGUCAUCUGA